GCAUUUUACCUGAGCACCAUUAGGGUCAGCGGAAGCCCCACGGCACGAAAACUUGACUUGCACCCCAAUUUUUGAGCGUUCAGAGGAGCCUGCAAACAUGUCGGAGCCGGGGGCAGGCCCCUCGGAUGGCCAGGUUGUCACUCGUAAAAUUAGGCUGCACAAAGUCAUGAGGCCGCUAGACGAGUCCUCGCCGAGCAGCCAGGAGCAGCACAUGGACCGUCGCCUCGCUGAGAUCCUGCCCGCUAUCGCCGAUCUACCAGUUCCUGGCCCCAGUGGUGCGGGCGGCUCGCCAGCGGACGCGCGCGCGGUGGAGAUGCGGCGGCUGCGGGGUACUCAGCAGGAGCUGGCGCAGAUGGAAGCCAUGGAGCUCGCGACAUUGUUCGAUAUGUCGAAGCCGCACCCAUUGGACAAUGCGGCACCCGCGACGCCGUGGAAGGGCGAGCUGCGCCCGGUGCCCCGGAAAAUUGUGCUCAGCCCCUACCAGUAUGAGAUGAUUAACUACCAGCGCAUGCUCAUGCGCAAGAACAUUUGGUACUACCGGGAUCGGAUGAACGUGCCGCGCGGGCCCUGCCCGCUGCACGUCGUGAAGGAGGCGUGGGUGUCAGGCAUCGUGGACGAGAACACGCUGUUCUGGGGCCACGGCCUCUAUGACUGGCUGCCCGCUAAGAACAUCAAGCUGCUGCUGCCCAUGGUCCGGACGCCCGAGGUGCGCUUCGCCACCUGGAUCAAGCGGACCUUCUCGCUGAAGCCCAGCCUGAACCGCAUCCGUGAGCAGCGCAAGGAGCACCGCGACCCGCAGGAGGCCUCGCUGCAGGUGGAGCUCAUGCGGUAGAGCGGCGGAGGCGGCUGAGGCGGCAGGCGCUGAAGGGGAGGAGCAGGCAGAGGCAGCGAUGGCGCUGCGGCGCCGGCGUGGGAGGAGCAGGAAGGGCAGCGGCUGGUGUAGCGGCCGCGAGAGCGGCAGGGAGCGGCCGUGGCGAGGCAGCAGCAGUGCUUUAUACGGCCAUAGCGGCUGCCGGCUAGCAACUGGGGCUGAUAGCUGGUUGGAGGAGGCAGCGGCGGCAGCGGCGGCUGCGGCACAGCGAACAGCUGCCAUCAGGCGCGCGGCUGCAUGGCUGGGCCCGGCGGCGCUGUCAUAGCGAGCGAGGCAGGGGCAAGCAGCUUGCGCGGCGGCCGGCGUGUUCCGGCAAGGCGGGUAGCAGCCGCUGGCUGCGGCGGCCGCAGCGGCGGUCGGACCACAGCGGCGGUCGGGCCGGCCGCAGCUGUCGCGGGGCGAGGCGGCCUUGGUAGGGUGGCUCUCGUGCCCGUGAACUGCAGCGGGAGCCGCCCGGUUGCGGGAGCUGAAUUGAACUGAUACGGUCUGGUGACUGCAGCUGCGGAGGCACAUGAGAGCCUCUUGCUGCUGCCUGUGCAUGCAGUGGGCAGGGUCCUAGGGCCGGGUCACAGCCGGGUGGCCGGUGUUUCAGUUGCCUGUGGCCAGGCAGCCUGUGGCAGCCUGUGUUCCGGCAUGUAUGGUGAUGGGUCGGAGAACGGGUCGGGACCCGGGCGCGACUCGGUGCGGGGCUGCGGGCUACCCGCACGGCGGCAGCCAAACGCGGGGUCUGGGCGCUAAAUGCGCCCCUGCGCUCUCCGGUGCGUGGUGUGGGCUUGGCGGGUCACCCAGGCAGACGUGACGUGUCGGGUCGGGAGUGGCGGGCGUUACCUGUCCGAUGGUGUGUGUUAGUGUUUCGGGCCUAGGAUUAUGUGUCUCGAUGCGCGCGACUGCACAGGGCGUUGGGCCGGGUGUCGUCUGUCAGACGGCGCGGCGGGAUCACCGUGCAAUUUUCCGGCUGCUUUGAGGCCGAGUAGGCGCGUGAUGUUCAGACGGGACGGGACCGAGACGGGAAUGAGGCAUGUCGGGGUUCCAUGGGAUAGGGCGGGCUCGGACGUAGGCGUUGCGCCUGAAGCAUGCACAGAAUGCGGAUGGCUCCCUGAAUGUAAGCUUGUAUUGUU